AUGGCAGCAUUCACUGAGCACUUGGAUGAAGUCCUGGGAAGCCUUGGAAGUUUCAGCAGCGAGCUGAAAAGCGCGUUGGACCGCGAGAAGGGCCGGCUUCGCGGAGUCCUUGAAAGCCUGGGCCCGGUCCAAUGCGAGGGUGGCCUCCUCGACGUGGUCCAGGCGAAGACUGCUAACAAGCUGGCCUACAUGGAAAAAGGGGACUUAGCUGAGGCUCCUCUCCAGGAAGCCCUUGCCUUGAUGUAUCCUUGCCGGAAAGCCUUGACCGCUGCCGUUGACAGUGCCUCUCUUUCCAAAAGCCAGAAGCUUCCGUGUGGAAGGAGUGCAAAAUUCCAGGUGCUCUGUGAUUUGCUGAGUCGUCUUCUCAAGGACUCCAGAGGUUCUGAGAAGGUGUUGGUCUUCGUGGAGCGUGUGGCGGUGGCGGGGCCCAUGGCUGCGCUCCUCGCUGAUUUUCUGGGCACAGAGACAACCCACGUGAGCGGCGUGCAAGGGAUGUUGGAGUCGGAGCGAGCGAGAAAUUUGGAGAAGUUUCGGUCCGGCUGCCGUGUUUUGGUGGCGACCUCUUCCUUGGAAGAAGGUUUGGACAUCCCAAGCUGUCGCUUUGUGGUUCGCUAUGAUUACUUCAACAGUGCUAAGAGCCAUGUCCAAGGCUCAGGUCGAGCCCGGCAGGAAAAGGCCGAGGUUUUCUAUUUCGAGAACCAACCUGUCCUCGAAGAACAGCGAAGGUUGCGUGUGGAGGCCGUAGCAAAAGAAAUGCCAGUGCCUCCCCCAGUGGAUCAAAAAGAACAUGAAGGCUCUUUGUGUCCUCAAGGAUUUGGACGGAUACCAGGCAUUGGCAGCUGUCACAAAUGGGGUGAAGAGCUGACUCUCUGGGACUACGCGUCCAACAAAUCUUUCCGUGGAAUGCUUUGCUUUUGUGGAGCCCGGCUGCAUAUCGCAAGCCGCGGUUUUGGGAAAAAUCGGAAGAAGAAACUCCGAAGCUUCUCCUUGGAAGGCCCCAAGCAAUGCCCCAAAAACUGUGACUUCUCGACAGAGCUCGACCCGCGGCUCCAAGGCAUUGACCCAGAGACCGGCAUCCAGCGAGAGACGUAA